AUGUCUGCUGAUGGUAAGAAAGAAGAUAUUCUUGAAACUGGUGAGAAAAUUGAUGGGGAAUUACAAGUUAAAUUAGGGGAUAAAUUCUUUCCCAUUUCAAGAUUUGCCAAACCUCAUGCUGUUGUUCACCCUGCUGAUCACCAUUCGAAAGUUGAUGCCAACAAGUUCCCCGAUGUUGAACCAGAACAAAAACAAAAAGAGGAUUUAAAAGAGUUUAACCAACAAGUCUUAAAGCCUGACAUUAAUAAACCAAAGGUUGAUCCUAAUUCAUUUCCAGAUAUUGAACCAGAGGCUAAAGAAAGAGAAGCCAAAUUAGAAGCUGAAAGACUUAAAAAGAGCCAAUAA